UCCGCAAACUGCACACUCUUAUUAUUCUUUUCAUCCAACGCUUAGGGCCGGUCAUGCUUCUGAGAAGCAGAAUUUUUAUGAAAACUCAAGAGAAAAAAAUUUAUUUUUUGAAAACAAUAUUGCCUAAACUUUAACACAAUAUGUCGUUAAAACACAAAGGAACGAAUCUGGCUGAGACCAUCAACAGCUUGAUGACCACAGUUCCCUCCAAUUUCGAUUCCGACGAUGAUGAUCUCACAAAAGCCAAAACUGUCGAUCGAGAUGAAAGUGAAGCCUCCGACGGCGAAUAUCGACCAUCCAGUAUUCGUAAAAAUACUGCUCCCCUAUUAGCUGAAGAAGACGAAAGGUAUGCUGCAAAGAAAAUAUCCAGGAAGAAAGCUUUCAGCGGAAAAUUGAUCGUGGAAUCAAGCGACGAGGUAUCCGACGAAAAUGAAAGUUUUGCUGGAGAAGAAGCAGAAGAAGAGGUGGGAUCUGAUUCGGAACCGAAAUCCGCUUCUGGCGAAGAAGAAUUAGACUCCGCAGAUGAGGAAUCCGAGGAUGAGGAGUCUGAUGAUGAGGAGUCUGAUGAUGAGGAGUCUGAUGAUGAGGAGUCUGAUGAUGAGGAAUCUGAGGAUGAGGAAGCCGAAGACGACGAAAAUCCUCUUCGCCGAGGCAGGAAUUCAAAAACUGGAAUUCAGCUCAUCUCCGACACGAAUCUUCGCUCCGAAAUUGAGAAAGGAAACUGCGUCAGGAACCAGUUGAAAGUCUGGGAGAAUCUAUUGGAAACGAGGAUCAGAUUACAACACUGUCUUCAAACUAGCAACAAAAUGCCACCGCCCGAAGUUCACGAGUCCUUGAAAAGUGAUCCUGAAUUUCAGAAAUCGACGGCAGAAACCACCCUGAAAUUAUCUAGUCUAUUAGAAAAUUUACUUGAAAUGCAGAGCAUUCUUUUGAAUAAGAAUCCCGAGACAAAGAAUAUCCUUGUGAAGGGAAAGAAACGAAAAGCCGCGAAGGAGGAGAUGGACGAUCCAAUGGAUGAAGAAAUUCCAUCCGAUACUGAAGACGAGUUGAAUGACGGAUCAGAUCAAGAGCCUUCAGACAAAGGAUCGUCAGCUGAUUCAGAAGAUUGUGCGGCGAAAUCACCGCGGAAGAAAAUGAAGCUGGAAGACUUUGAGAGAGUUCUCGCUCAGAAUCACGAAGCUUAUUCCAAGUAUCGAGACUCGGUGAUACAAAAGUGGAACGACAAGACAAGGAUUUCGGCAGGAAAUGUGACCAAGGGUGGUACCUCGCAAUCUCAAUCAGUUGUCAAGCAGAUUGAGUUUAUUCUCAAUGAUAAAGAGAAGCUGCUGAGGCGAACUCGAGUCAAGCGGUCUGAGUACGAAAUUGUCGGGAAGAAACUUGCGGACGAGUUGGACGAGGAUGGACGGCAGAUUCAGGAAUAUGAUUCGGAAAUCUUUGACGACGAUGACUUUUACCAUCAACUAUUGCGAGAGCUGAUUGAACACAAGUCGGCGGGUAUUACGGAUCCAAUUCAGCUGAGCAAGCAGUGGAUUCAACUGCAGAGCAUGCGGCACAAACUUAAGCGGAAGAUUGAUACGAGGGCGACAAAAGGUAGGAGGAUUCGGUAUGUGGUGCACAAAAAAUUGGUGAAUUUUAUGGCGCCGAUCACCGUCUACGACACUUGGAGCGACAAUGCCAAGAAUGAGUUGUAUAACUCGCUUUUUGGUAAGACGUUCACGGCUGAAGAGAAAAAAGUGGCAAAAGUUGCGGAUUAAAGGUAUAUUCUGAGAUAUAUAUUUUAAACAGGGUGGCCGCUUCAAGAGUUUGAAUUUUGAAAGUUUUCAGUGAGACUGAAAAGAUUUUGUAAACCCGGCCACCCUGGUUAAAAAAAAAAAACAUUUGUUAAUUGGUGCUGUUAACGAAACUACAAUGUCGGAAGACAUUAAAAAAAAAAGGUAAUUCAUACUUUUCAUGAGAAUAUUCCUUCAAUUCUAAAAGAAUUGUCUCUCAAUUACGAGUUCUAAAUCACUCGUUCACUUAACUCGUGACAUAGUCACAUUAUCUUUGGACAUACAAUAAUCUAUAUGUGUCCUGUUUUCAUACUUGGUGCUCCGGCGGCACUUUUCCUUCUUACUGUAACUCACUCCGUCAUUUCCCGUUUCCCCUACUUUUGCGGAGAAAUAAUACACCAUUUUUUGAGUAUCAAAGAAACUAGUUAUGCUUUUAUUGAUUGGGUAAGUUUUACUUCAACUUUUGCCUUUUUCCAUCCUUUUCUUCUCCCUCCUCAACCACUUUUGGAUUUUUUUUCUCUCUUUCAUAAAAAAAUGUUCCAUUCUUACGAUUCUUCCAGAUUAUUGCAUAAAAAUGAGUUUUUUAAUUGUUGCGUUUAUAUAGCGGGGCGCUAUCCUCAUCAGGUAAUUUAAUUUAGAUGUUAAUUAAAUUUUUCGAGUCGAAGCGCAAUAUAUAUUUUGCUUGGAAUUGGUCAAUAUUAAUUCAAUUUGUCCAGAAUAAUUUUCGAGAGCCAAUUCUUAACUCUCUUUUUUCCGUUUGGACAGUAAUGAGAAUUUUUCAUAAAUUUAUAGCGGAAGGAUGUAAAAAUAAUUUUAUAACGCUAAUCCAUAUCAGACUUUUAAUAAUUGGGCCUUAAAUUUCUUCUUUAUCGUAUUGAUUCUACUCUACUGCGAUUAAUUUUAUUUCUUAAUUUUGACUCCUCUGAAUGUAAAAUAAUGUUUGUCUUUCAAAUAUUAAUUUCUGAAAGAGAUACUUAAAAUAACGCUAUGCGGGAUGAAGCAUGAUAAGAGGAAAUGCAUUUCUGAAUAUUGAGCAUAUAUGACGAGAUUUAUCAUAAAUUUAUAGCGAAAGGAAGACAAAAAAAUUUUUAACGCAAAUCCAUAUCAGGUUUCUGACUAUUGAGGCAGAAUUCAUGUCAAGUUUUUUACCUACCCCGGCGCUGAUGCUGAGAAUUGUGGCGUGAAGCGCACUUUUGUAUGCGUCAAGCUGCUUUAUGCCCAGCUCGGAGUGCAAAGUUACAUCUAUCCUAACUUCGAUUCUCAAAAGAAACCAUGAAUAUUAAUUUGCGAGGGAUGGUUAGCGGAUGAAAUAAGGCACACUUAUGUACAUUAAUAAAUAUUUAUUAAUAAUUGUUGUCGGUUCGUGAUACAAUGCGUAACGCGGGUUAAACGAGAUAUCGACUCUCUGGCUAUUCGUUGAAUGGCGGCCGAAGAAGACGACCACGAAGGUGGAAUCGUCACGGAAGCCUCGCAGCAAGGAAGGUCCGCGGGAGGCCAAGGCAACGGGAAAUGUUGAUUCUAUUCGUUGCGCCGUGUUGCCUCAACACGGUGGCGCUUUGAUUUUACAUGACUUCGUGUCGAUUUUAAACGGAGGUGAAAAGAAGUACGGGGUCUUCGAAAACGAGAAAAUUCUAGUUGAGAAUUUUCCACCGUGACGCAAAGAACUUGUCGACACGUGCAAGAAGCCGGAAUUUUUCUGUUGCGCUCUUUCUCUCUACUGUCGAUUGUCAUUUGUUCAGUAUCGUUUUUUUUUGUGAAAGAAAGUGCUAUACCUCGAUUAUUGAAAACUGAUCAGUGUCCAUUUUUUUUGCAUAAAUUAUAAUAAAAGUGCAAUUUGUGCGAAAUUUGAAUUGAAACGUUUUUGAGGGAUAUCAGAAAAUCAAUUGCUCCCGGUAGAAUCUAGUAAUUGCGUGUUGAAUCAACAUGGCCAGUGUGGUAUUCACAGAAUUUUUUUCUCUGUGUAUUUAUCUUUCAAAGAUUAGUUUUUUAAAGAGAUCAUUACAAUGGUGUUAUGACUUAUUCGGGAUGAAGCGGGAUAAGAGGAAAUGCAUUUUUGAAUAUUGAGCCUAUAUGACGAGAUUUUUCAUAAAUUUAUAGCGAAAUGAAUUGUAAAAAAUUUUUAAACGAGAAUCCAUAUCAGGCUUUUAACAUUUGGACCUUAAAAUCCAUCCUUAUCGUAGUGGAUCUACUAUACUACGAUUAAUUUU